CGACGAAAGUCGGUCCUGAGCUUUCCUUCUUCCUUUUCUGGCUCACAAAGUUACAAAGCAAAGAGCCAACGACACCGUCUCCACUGCUCCCAGUCUAGAGUCUAGACUCUGUACAUUUAUAGGCGAACAAUUUUUACCAUUAACGUUCCCGAAGUCGCAGAUCCUUUUUUGUUUCUUGCCCCCAGAUUUCUACUAUGGCUGACCAGCCUCCAACCCUAAACUCCAAUCCUUCUCUUUCCGAACCCGACACCCUCAAUCCCCAAUCAAACCAACCCGAUCCCAUACCACCACCACCACCACCACCACCACCACCACCGCAAUCGUCGAUGUCGACUCCAUUGUCUACCCCUAUCCCUGUUAACCCUACUUCAAACGCUUCACCUCUUGCAUCUGCGCCGCCGCCGCCGCCUCCUCCACAAGCGCCUCAGGUGUCCUACGCGCCGCCGCAGGUAUCCGGCGGAGCCGCAGUACCUCCAGCGCCGCCUUCGUUCCGCCCAGUCCCACAGUUCUCGCCGAUGCCGAAUCCUGGCUUGACGAAUUUCAAUUACCAAAACCCUGGCGGGGUUCAGCCACCUGGUGUGAGCGUGGCUCCUGGUGCUGUUAGUGGCGGCAUUGGGGCCUCCCCUAUGGCUGUGCCGCAGCCGAUGCUGCCUUAUCAGUUGCCACCGGGCCAGCCUCCGAGACCUUACCCGUCGCCUAUGCCAAAUGGGUACCCAGGUGUUCCUCAUCAUGGGACUAUACCUCCUCCCGGACUUCCUCGUUAUCCAUCUCCAUACACACCUAUGGUUCGGCCUCCAUUUCCUCCACGCUUACCAGGAGGGAUUGGCAUGCUUCCAGCAAUGUCACGUCCCCCAAUUCCGGGGGUUCCUGGAGUUCGCCCCAUUAUACCCCCUAUUGUUAGGCCAAUUAUUCCUUCUGUUACUCCAGCUGAAAAACAACAAACCACAGUAUACGUUGGUAAGAUUGCAUCAUCAGUGGAAAACGAUUUCAUUCUGUCCCUCCUUCAGCUUUGUGGACCUGUGAAAAGUUGGAAACGUGCUCAAGAUCCCACAGACGGGACUCCUAAAGGCUUUGGGUUCUGUGAAUUUGAGUCUGCUGAGGGUGUUCUUCGUGCAUUGCGUCUACUUAGUAAAUUUAAUAUUGAUGGGCAAGAAUUGGUGUUAAAUGUUAAUCAAGCAACAAAAGAAUAUCUGGAACGGUAUGUUGAUAAAAAAACUGAAAACUCGAAGAAACUUAAAGAUGCGGAAGCUGCAGAGACUGAGAAAGAUGAUGAAACUGCAGCAAAUGUUGAGAGUAAUGAACAUCUAAAGUCCUCUGUGGAGGACUCGAAUAAAGAGGAAAAUGUUUUGGGGAGCAAGGAAAAUAAUGAUUUUGCUAAUUUUGGAAUCGUUACCAAUGAGGACAAGGAAGUUGACCGAGAGGCUUUGGAGAAGCUCACAAGCAUGGUAGAAGAGAGACUUAAGACCAGGCCCCUGCCUCCGCCCCCACCACAAGCAAUUGGUGAUGGCUCUGGGAAUUCAAACUCUGAAGUGCCUGCUAAAUCGAGGGACGGGGACUCUGAAAUGAGAAAUGAUGCAGCUGAAGAUAAAAAUGAUGAUGAGACAACUAGUGAAACCAAACCUGCAAGUGAGCAUGACAGGCCUGAAACAAGUUCACCUGAUAGGAGUAGGAGGUAUGAUAGGAGAAGCAGAGACAGAGACCGAGAGCGGGAUAUGAAAAGGGAGAAGGAGCGGGAGAUUGAAAGAUAUGAAAGAGAAACAGAACGAGAGCGGGUUAGGAAAGAAAGGGAGCAAAGAAGAAAGAUUGAGGAGGCUGAGCGUCAGUAUGAAGAGUGUCUUAAAGAAUGGGAGUAUAGAGAAAGAGAAAAAGAGAAACAGCGGCAGUAUGAGAAGGAGAGGGAAAAAGAGAGGGAGCGCAAACGGAAGAAGGAGAUAAAAUAUGAUGAAGAUGAUGAGGAUGAUGAUUCGAGAAGAAGGUGGCGUCGGAGUAUGUUAGAAGACAAGAGAAAGAAGAGGCUGCGAGAAAAGGAGGAUGACUUGGCUGACAGGCAUAAAGAAGAAGAAGAAAUUGUUGAGGCAAAGAGGAGAGAUGAGGAGGAACAGAAACAGAAGCUACAAAUAGAUGCAUUGAGGGUCUCAUCCAAUAAUUUAUUGAAUGAAAGUGUAAAAACUGUUUUGUCUGAAGCAUCCAGUGCCGAAAUAAAAGAUAAUCUUGUUGAACAUGGCUAUGAAGGUGAUUCUGCCUGUGAGAGCCAUAUGGGUGAAAGGAUUGUACAAAAUGGUAUUGGUGAAGAAUCAACCAUAUCGUCAAUUGCUGCAUCAGAAACACGGCACACUGGCAAUGCCCCAGCGAAAAAGUUAGGCUUCGGUUUAGUUGGAUCUGGAAAACGAACUGCUGUCCCUUCUGUUUUCCAUGAGGAGGAGGAUGAUGAUGCACACAAGGACAAAAAGAUGAGGCCCCUUGUCCCAAUUGAUUACUCGACUGAAGAACUGCAGGCUGUCCAACCUGUAUCUGGGGCACCAUCACCAAAUUUGGCUGCAGCAGCAGAAUUUGCAAAGCGCAUAUCCAAUUUCAAUCCCAAAGAAGAUAAGCCGGAUGCAGAAAGGGAAAGAAGUAGACGCUCCAAUGAGAAGUCAAGCCAGCGGGAUAGGGACCGGGGUGAUGAGAAUGUGAAUCGCACCAAAGAUGAGAACAGAGAGAGGAAUCUUGACAGGGAUAGGGAUCGGGACCAGGGGCUGGAUAGAUCGAAGACACCAGAUAACAAGAAGCUUUUGAGUUUAAAGCAAUUGAUAGACAUGAUACCAAAGACCAAGGAGGAGUUGUUCUCAUAUGAGAUCAAUUGGGCUGUCUAUGACAAGCAUGAGCUGCAUGAAAGAAUGAGACCUUGGAUUUCAAAAAAGAUAACAGAGUUUUUAGGAGAGGAAGAAACAACCCUGGUAGAUUACAUUGUAUCCAGUACUCAAGAACAUAUGAAGGCAUCUCAAAUGCUGGAGCUAUUACAAUCCAUUUUAGACGAAGAAGCUGAAAUGUUUGUUCUCAAAAUGUGGAGGAUGCUCAUCUAUGAAAUUAAGAGGGUGGAGACCGGCGUCGCUUCAAAGUGAAAAAUUUAAUGAGAUUUUGUUAUUUGAUUGCUCCUUUUUUGCUGCAGGACCAAUAUGUUUCAUCUAAUCUUUUGUCUUGCCUUGUUAUCCAAAAAUAUGAGAUGCUGGAUUUUGUAUUUUUUUAUAAAUUUUAGCAGUAACCGAACCCUCUUUUUGUACUGAAUGCUUCCCAUGCUCGUAUCAGAGAGCAAUGGAAAACAGACAUCCACUAGUUGUUAUCUCGAGAAAAAAAAAGCUUAUUUGAUUUA